UCUACAGUGUGCAGGUGAGGAGGUAGGUAAUGGAGGCCCCCUUGGUGUGCCUGGAUGAGGAGUUUGAGGACUUGCGUCCGUGUCGCAUGGAGGACCUGGAGCCUCCAGUGCCGCCGCCCCGCCGCCGUCACCAACAACAACAACAACACCUCGGCAACGGUAACCACAGCAACGCCGCCGCCACCGCUGAGGUCGCCAACGGCAACAACAGCAACGACCUGGACGACGACUACGAGUGCGACUACGAGUACUCCGAGUUCUCCGGGCCGAAGCCACCGAAAACGCACACCAUGCCCCUGGCGCCGAUCCAGCGAGAGGAGUUCUCGGAGCUGGAGAACUUCUCGGAGAUGAUGAGCUUCAAGUCCAUGGAGGACCUGGUGAACGAGUUCGACGAGAAGCUGAACGUGUGUUUCCACAACUACAACACCAAGACGGAGGGGCUGGCUCCCGUCAGAAACAAGGCACACGCCGAGGAGGACGAGGAGAGGCUGCAAGAUGAAGAUGUGUGGGAUGCCCUGAGUGAUAACUACAUGUCAUCCGUUUCCAGCUGGGACCCCAACGCAGAGGGCAGCAACGGCAACCUCUCCGACCAGGAGAUCCAUGAGAAAGAGGAGGAGGAGAUGAACGAGAAGAAUGAAAACGCCAACCUGCAGCUCUCCGAUGAACCCCUUGUCACCGCCGACCAGGUGAUCGAGGAGAUCGUGGAGAUGAUGGAGAACUCCCCCGACCCCGGAGAGACGGAGGAGGAGGAGGAAGAGGAGGAGAGCACGGCCUCCACCCCCAAACCCUCCACCAGCCCCUCGCUCCUGGAGGAGAUCCGAGCCCUGUCCUUAGCAAACAACAACAACUGCUCCUACGAGGGUCUGAGUCUGAUGAGUAAGUCUGCGUUGGAGGAGCUCCUGUGUCGUGUGGAGGCGGCCAUUAGAGAGUACUCAGAGGAGCUGGUGGCCCAGCUGGCCCGACGUGAGGAGCUCGACUUUGAGAAGGAGGUGAAGAACUCCUUCAUCACGGCUCUAAUGGAGGUGCAGAACAGGCAGAAGGAGACGCGCGGAGACGGCAGCAAGCAGCGCAAACGCAGAGACAAGGGCCUCAGCCUGCAGAGCAACAACACACAGACCAGCCCCACCGGCACCAUGCCCGUCAAGCGUUUCAGUAUGGAGGGACUCUCCAACAUCCUGCAGACGGGCAUCAGGCAAACAUUCGGCAACUCAGGGACAGACAAACAGUAUCUGAACACGGUGAUUCCCUAUGAGAAGAAGGCCUCCCCUCCCUCCGUGGAGGACCUGCAGAUGCUCACCAAAAUUCUGUAUGCUAUGAAGGAGGACAGUGAAAAGGUCCCAGUUCUGCUCACCGACUACAUAUUAAAAGUGUUGUGUCCCACCUAGGUUGCAGGCCUGUGGACCACAACUUUCCACCAGGAGGUUCCAGGAAUGAUCGAGACUACCAAGACCUGCCAAACCUCCUAACCCCCCACCCUCGCCCAACCUCCCCACCCCAACCUCCCAUCACCCACC